AAUCUAUUACAUAAGUGACAAGUGAGAGUUUCGUUAAUAUCGAUUUCAACCACGUGAUUAUAAUCCAUUGUAAAUCAGUCAGAUCAACAGUAACCGAGAUCGGAACUCUGAAAUACAGCUAACCAGUACGAUUACAAAACCUACAGCUAACCAGGACUUUGAGAAUCAGAAAACACGAUCGGAUACGCCACAGAAAUCGAAUAAAUAUAUCUUUACACAUCGUUGGAUUGUUAUACGGUUUGUGGCGAAAUCCUCACGGGAACCUAAAGCAACAUUAUAUUCGAUUUCUUGGAUCUUCUAUUGGUAACGAGAAGAUUGUUGUCAGAAGGAAUCAGAAGAUUUGAACAUGACUACUGAAGAGGAGUUGAAACAGCUGAAGAUAGAUCGCAGGACUGCGAAAGCAUCGCUAACACGACAAGGAAAGGCUGUAAAUAACGUAAUAGUUGGAAAUCGACCUGGGCCAGAAGUAAGUAACGCCCUCGUAAAAUAUCAGGAAUGUUUCGAACAUUUGGUAGAUACGCACGAUCAAUAUGUAAAGCUGAUCGAAAGCGAGGAACAGUUUGAACAGGAAGAGGAGUGGUUAGGAAGCUGCCAGGAAGAUUUUAUGGAAAUAGAAUUCCGCGCUAAAGUUUAUCUCGAUUCAAAUGCUAGUAUCAAUAAGGGGAAAGGGCCUAAAUCUGUUGGGGUUGAAGUUGGAAGCAUUUCAACAGAAAAACCAGACCAAAGUAAAAGUAUGAAUUGAAUGAUCGGAAUAUCCGGUACGGCAAACACAGAAGAACAAAUUGACGUUGACAAGCACCAGAUCACAAACAAGGCUAGUACAAGUAGCGUUGAAGAGACAAUUACAGCAGGAACCACGGGCGGUACACAGGAUCAACAAGCAACACAGGGAAACAAGGCUAGUACAUGUAGCUUUGAAGAGGCAAAUACAGCAGGAACCACGGGCGGUACACAGUAUCAACAAGCAACGCAGGGAAACAAGGCUAGUACAUGUAGCUUUGAAGAGGCAAAUACAGCAGGAACCACAGGCGGUACACAGGAUCAACAAGCAACACAGGGAACUUUGACGUGUAGUUUCAAAACGGAGAAACCUAAGCUUCCUAAAUUUUCAGGGGAUGUAAAGGAAUAUGUCAUUUUUAAGUCUAAUUGGAAUCACAUUAUCGACAAGAGGUAUAUGAAACGCGAUGCAAUGACACUUUUGCGCGCAAGUUUAACAGAUAAACCACUCGAGCUAAUUAAAGGCAUCGGGAUGGAUUAUGACGCAGCUUGGGAGUACCUGGACGCUAUUUAUGGAGACCCCCGUGUUGUUUCAGAUAGCGUGACACAAGAUAUCAGUAAAUUCAAAGCGUUGCAAGACGGAGAAGAUUCGCGCUUCUGUGAGCUUGUACACCUAUUAAGGCGAUCGUACAACACGCUGAAGGAAGUUGGUCUCUCAGGGGACAUGGACAACAGUCACAUGUUGUCUGUUAUUGAGCGCAAGAUGAGUGCUGAUGAUCGGAAAGUAUGGUCGCGCGAACUCGUACGUGAUAAAAAAACAGCGACUCUCGAAGGGCUGUUACAGUGGAUGACGUCGGAAAUGAAGUCAAGAAUGACAGCCACCGCAGCGGUACGCAGCGGCAAUACUACAUACCGAGGAGGAGUUUAUCAGUUCAAGGCUGACGAGCAGGAGAACCCCCGAUUUGAAUGUUGGCACUGCAGAAAUUUAGAGCACUGGCCAGACCAAUGUCCAAAGUUUGCGGCACUGACAUAUGAAAGCGCAUGAAAACAGGCAAAGAAAAUCACGUGUGCUUCAGUUGCAAUCACAAAGCUUCCACCUGUAGCAGGAAAAAAGUAUGCAACAAGUCCGAAAACGGCGAACAUUGCCAGGCAUUCCAUCAUCCCUUGCUACACAAGACAAUUCCUGUAAGCGUCGGAACGGCUCUUGAAAGCGAAAAUACAAGCGUCAUCCUACCAGUGUUGACAGCGAACAUCCACGGUAAGAACGGUCUACAAAAGCAAGCUAACGUUCUGCUAGAUACCGGAGCACAAAUAAGUUUAAUAAGGAAUGACUCCGCGGAUUUACUAGGCUUAGCUGGAAAGGAUACAUACAUCACUAUCACCAAAGUAGGGGGAGAAGACGAGAGUAUGAAAACGAAGGUUUAUAAAGUUCCUGUUUGUUCCAA